AUGGCUUACAGAGGCAGGCCCAUCUUGCUUAAGUCGGUCACCGCAGACAUCAACAACUCUGUUGGUAUCAAUGCACCCACGUCGACCGAGUCGGUGGGGACGACCGUCACAAAGACCACAAAGGCCAGCGUCACGAGAGGACUGCCACUCUACACAUACAAAGACUAUAGUCCGAAGCCUUGCGUAGUCUACACCCGCAACGAGGAGGAGGCGGACGACCUCAUACAAUGCCUCAAGGGACCCCUGGGCUUCGACAUGGAAUGGCGCGUCAAUCGAAGAUGGGAAUCUAGAACCGCACUUGUGCAAUUCUGCGACGAGAAGAUCAUCUUGUUGGUGCAGGAGGUGAUAGAAUCGCCCAAAGUGCUCAAGAUGGGUGCCAACAUCCACAACGACGGCAAGAAGUUGUAUCGGGACUUCGGCAUCCGCGCGAGCGCCCUCCUAGAACUUGGCGCUCUUGCAGGAACCGCGGACCCCGAUUUCAAACAGACGUAUAACAGGCGUAUCGUCGCACUUGCGAAGGUUGUGGCCAUGUACGAGAAGAAAACUCUAGCCAAAGGCGACGUGCGGACGAGCGACUGGGAGGCGGAGCUCGACGCCGAGCAACAAGAAUAUGCCGCCAGCGACGCUCACUGCGCCCUGAUGGUGUACAAACGAAUGAUGAAGAUCGCUGAAGUGCAAAGGCUCACCGUGGACCCCUUCGAACUGACGACCAGCGUCGUAGCGACCCAUGUGCCCCCGCCGGUGUCGAGAACCACAAGCACGGCUUCCACCGGAACGUUCAGUUCGACUACUACUGACCCGCCAUCCGUGCUCACCGGCGAUGGCGUGCCCCCUCAGCCGAUGAGCCCUCAGUGGAUGCGCGCGUAUAACCUAUGGCACCAUAAGCAGAUGCCCCUGUCAGGCAUCUGCGCGCGUCUUCGGUCGCCGGAGAAUCCGCUGAAGGAGAGUACUGUGAUUUCAUAUGUGAUAAGGGCACUGCAAGCGGAUCCGACCCUCCCGUACUCCGUGCCACGGCUUAAGGAGCUCGUGCAACAGGAAGCGAGUUCGUGGCAGCGACACAGAGAUUGGAUUACUCAACAGGAAGCCAAUUCUUGGAAUGUAUGA